CUCACGUAUGCUCUUCUCUUUCCAGACUCAUAAUUGUGAAUGAUGUUAGUUUAGUCUUGUGAGAGGAUUAAAAUUCUUACAAAAGCUCCAUUUGAUCCUGCAGAGAAGUGGUUACUUGCCUGGCUUGGCUCCAUAAUGGAUUCUUUGCAUCAGAUGCCACAGCUGCAGCAGAUAAUAAAACAGCUGCAGCAGCAACAACAACAGCUACAUCAGAUACAAGAGCUGCAACAACAAAAGCAGCAGGCACAACAACAGACACAACAACAACAGAUUCAACAGAUAGAACAACAGCUGAAACAACAUGGGGCGCUACAUCAGUUACAAAAACAACAACAGGAGCUGCAGGAACAACAACAGAUUAAGCAGCUAAAACAAGAGCUGCAACAACAGGAGCUGCAGGAACAACAACAGAUUAAGCAGCUAAAACUAGAGCUGCAACAGCAGGAGCUGCAGCAGUUACAACAGUCGCAGCAGCAGUUACAACAGUCGCUGCAACAACAGAUUCGACAGUUAGGAUGGGAUCAGAGAUUCUUUGUUCUGUGUGAACUGAUAGGAGUAGAGAAGAGACAAGAGAAAAGAGAUGAGUUAAAGCAGCUGCACUUAAAAGAACUGGAGCAGCAGCAACAACAAGAGAUUAAGCAGCUAAAACAAGAGGUGCAGAAGUUACAACAACAACUGGAGCAAUUAAAAUGGGAAUUUACUGACCGUCUUGACCAGGCAAUUCAGUCAAGCGGAACUCAGCAGAAAAACUGGCAAGACAACGACCACAACCUCAAAGAAAGGGCAGACAGGCAAGGAGACAGCAACGUUGAUAGAGACCGAGACUGUCGGAAGGACCGAAGUCGCAGCGAAAGAAGAGACGAAGCAAGAGACCGUGAUGGUAAUAAUGACAGGGACCGUUCAAGGAGCGGCGACAGAAGAGACGAAGCAAGAGACCGUGAUGGUAAUAAUGACAGGGACCGUUCAAGGAGCGGCGACAGAAGAGACGAAGCAAGAGACCGUGAUGGUAAUAAUGACAGGGACCGUUCGAGGAGCGGCGACAGAAGAGACGAAGCAAGAGACCGUGAUGGUAAUAAUGACAGGGACCGUUCGAGGAGAUGCUCGCGGGAGAGGAGAGAAGACGGCCGUCGUCGUCCGUCCAGGAGCAAGAG